GGCUUCAGUCAGUCAGCUCUCAUGUUCAUAUUAUUCUGUUAUAUAACUUCUGUUGUUUUCGGGGCUGCAGCUCUGAGCUCAGACGCACCGGAUGAAGUCGAGCAGCUGACCGGGAAACAGUUGAUGCAUUCGGGCUGAAUUUACCCUCCGCGGAAGUUCAGGUCGGGUCCAGACGCGUUUUUUUUUUUCGUCCGCGGUUGUUUCGCGUUUAUCACCUGUAAUUUACCUGCGCGGGCCAUUAUUUAUCACCGUAAACUGUCAGCGCUCAGCCCGGACUCUGUAUCAGUGGUGUCGCGACGGUAACAUGGCUGAGCCUGCGGGAAAGAGGUUAAAGAGCAGCCUGCCUCUGUGCAGAGCGCACCGGAGCUCCGCGGGCAGCAGCCGGGCCAGGCACAACCUGCCCACCGCCGUCGAGGAGGCUCUGUGCGGGGUGAGCAGCCUGCUGUGGGACGGAGUGCAGGCUCUGGCCAGUGUGUUUGAGCGGGAUGACGUCGCUCUGCCUCGCGUGGCUUCUUUCUUCCACCAGGAGGCGCAGAAGCAGCAGGAAGAGACCGAGGCCAUGAUGGGAUACCUGGCUGAGAGGGGGGGCAACUACUGCAGCAAAGACAUCCAGAAGCCGGGUUGCGAGGCGGUCUGUGCCGUGUUACCGGCUCUGGAGCUGCUGCUGAUCCAGCUGAAGGAGGAGGCUGGUGCCCUGGUCGACCUGAGCCAGAUGGCCCGCGAGCACGGAGACCCCCACACCGCCAGUGUUGUCAAGAGCCACUUCCUGGCACCGCGGAUGGACCGUCUGAAACUGCUGGGCGACCUGCUCACCAGCGCCCGCCGGGCGGGCUGCACCAACGACCAGACAGGGAGGUUUGGGGAGUACAUCCUGAACGAGCUGCAGGAAGAACUCACCAGAUGAUCGAUCGGCUUCAAUCAAAGGGAGGUCUCAGCUGGUCUGUGAUACUGGUUUUGGUAUUUCUAAAAAAACAAAGUAUUUUGGGAAAUUUGCUUGUUAGCCAACUUCUCCAGGGUCACGCUGGAUUUCAGUCUCAUCUCUCUGUGUGUCCCUUACAGACACAUGUCCAAAACGUGUUUAGCCUAGCUUAGCACAAAGACUGAAAGCCUAGCUCCAUUAAAAGAGAAGAAUAUGCACCUUCAAACUGUCUUUCGCAUUCUGAACAGUUUAACAUUCUCCAUUAGAUCAUUUAACUCCAUGAUCCUGCUCGACUUUAUUCAAAAUACAGCCAGACCGCUGCCUACUGAGCAGGUUACCACCUGUGUGUGUCACUCCUAUUUGUCUGUCGUGUGUGUUUCCUCUGUUUUGUGGUUAUUAUGCUGUUAGUCAGUGAAAAACAGGAAAAUAAAUGAAACCAAGAGACAACACUUCUUCCAGGACGUGUUUAGCCUAGCUUAGCACAGAGACUAGCCUAGCUAGCACCAUCAAAAGAUGAGAAGUAACUCCACAGCAGUUCGAUUCAGAUUAACAACUGUUUCAUGUCUGUUUUCAUCUCUGUUUCAGAACCUUUAUAAGGGAGUAAUGGGAGGGUCGGUGAAUUAAAGCACAUUAAAUCAGGGCACAAAGAGAAAGACUAGUUUAACACAUAUUAACUGAAAAAAGGGGAAAACAUCUUCAAACAUCUCCAGAGACGUCUGAUUUACGUGUCGUUUCUCUGUCAGCUGUUUCUCAGGCUGCAGAUGCAACACAAAGCUCAAAUCUGGCAACGCAGCCGGACCCAACAGAUAUGUCCAGCACUGCUGCUGAUGUCUCAUUUUUACAUUUCUGCACCUGCUAAAGAUAAAACAUGAAAAUCAAACUUUACCCAAAGGGAACUUGUAAUGUGAAUUCACACAAGUUUUUCUUGUAUUAAAAUGAUAUAUUUUUUUCUGAGGAAUUUAACACAUAUUUUUCUACAAAACAUUUUAACCUGAGCAGGUAUUCAGAGGCAGCUCUCAGUAACCUUCCUGAUCAGUUUUUAAUUUAAUAGACACAUUUUGGAUGGUACCAAAAAAAAAAACUGUUGACAGACAAUAACCAGCCCUGCACAGACACUUCUGUUUGACUAAA